AUGGACCAGGCUACUAUGAAAAGGGAGAAACUACAGUUUGCUAGAGUACUCGUGGAAAUGAACCUCACCCAAGAUUUUACAGACUGUGUGGAGUAUGAGGAUGCUUAUGGGUCUAUUGUGAAGCAAAGCAUUGUGUAUGAGUGGAAACCAAGCUACUGUGGAGUGUGCAAGAUCAUGGGGCACCCUACUGAUAAAUGUGUCAAGAAGACCAAAGUUGUAUGGCAACCAAAAGCUAACCCACAGAAGGUGACUGAAAAGGAAAAGAAUAGUGACCAAGAUGGCUUUACACUAGUGAAGAGCAGUCUUAGACCUAUUAGAACUUCUAUCCUUAAACAAAUCACCCCCACCAGGAACACCUUUGAGGUGUUACAUCAGGAGACAGGGGAGGUUACACCAACUGACAGUAUACUUGAACCCACUGGAGAUGAUUCUGAACAGAACAAACAGAAAGAGAUUAGACAGUUUCUUUCAAGCAAUAAUGUUCAGUUAUUCAGCCUCUUGGAAACUAGAGUCAAGGCUUCUCAACUUGGCUCUAUGUACUUAAAUUUUAUCCAUUGCAACAUCACUACUAUUCAUAAGAAGAUCAGGUUUGCAUGCACCUUUGUGUAUGCUUUUAAUGGGGUUAGUGAAAGGGUGCCUUUGUGGAAGGAUCUCCAAACUAUAGCAGCUGGUUGUGGUGGUGCUUGGGUCUGUAUGGGGGACUUUAACAACCUCCUCAACUUGGAUGAAAGGAUUGGUAGGCCAGUUAGAAUAGGGGAAGUGAAGCCUAUGAGAGAUUGUUUCUCAGUGUGUAAACUUGAAGAUAUCAAGAAUGCAGGCUGUUUCUUUACUUGGACAAAUAAGCAAGAGGGUGAGAAUAGGGUGAUGUCAAAGAUUGAUAGAGUAGUGGCUAAUCAGGACUGGGUGGAUUGUUUUGACACUGCAGUGGCUAAUUUCCUUCCUGAAGGAGCUUUUGACCAUUGCCCUACCAUCAUUAAGUCCUACAGUACUGAUGCUACUCAUAAGCCUUUUCGUUUCUUCAACAUGUGGUGCAAUGCUACUGGUUUUGAGGAGUUAGUUGCAAGAGCUUGGGAGGUUCAUAUUAGAGGAGAUACCCUAGCCCUUGCCGAGUUAACUGAAGCACAUACACAUUUACACUCUAAUCCCCUUUGUGAUGAUCUCAAAAGGAAGGAGUAUGCAGCCCACCAGGUUUACCUAGAGGUGCACAAGAGUUAUAUAGAUUUUCUGAAACAAAAGGCAAAAAUAGACUGGCUAGCUACAGGGGAUGAAAACACUAAACUUUUCCACCAGUGUCUCAAGCAAAGGAAACAAAAGAAUGCUAUCUAUUCAAUCAUUGAUGGCAAUGGUGUGUGGAGGGAUGAUCCAGGCAGUGUCAAAGAUGCUUUCCUAAACUUUUAUCAAACCUUGCUUGGCACAACUAUGGGAGCAAGGAAGCAUGUGAACCCUACAAUUGUGGCUAUGGGCUCUUCUCUCUCUGAGGAUGAUUGGCAUCUUCUCAAUAGAAGCAUUACUGCAGAGGAGGUUAAGGGGGCUAUGUUCUCUAUUGGGAGUGACAAAUCCCCUGGUAUGGAUGGCUAUGGUAGCAAAUUUGACAAGGCUACUUGGGAAACAGUGGGCCCUGAGGUGGUGGAAGCUGUCCAGGAUUUUUUCACUAAUGGCAAACUUCUGGAAAAUCUGAAUGCUACUUCAAUUACCUUGAUUCCUAAAACAAAUUGUCCUGCAACUGUGAUGGAUUUUCGUCCAAUAUCUUGUUGUCAUGUCAUUUACAAAUGUAUCACAAAGCUACUGUGUUCCAGAUUACAGACAGUGCUUCCUAAGGUCAUUUCUAAGAACCAAGGGGCUUUUAUUGAAGGAAGAAGUAUCCUCCAUAAUGUGUUGAUCUGCCAGGAUUUGGUGAGAUACUAUUCUAGGAAGGCUAGUCAAAGAGCUGCAUGA